CUGUGCCUGGCCCCUCCGUGGUCCCGGCAGCCGCCAGCCCCGGCCAGCAUGCAGCAGCAGCCCCUACCCGGGCCCUUGGCCCCUGCGGCCGAGCCCACCAAGCCUCCCUACAGCUACAUCGCUCUGAUCGCCAUGGCCAUCCAGAGCUCACCAGGACAGCGGGCCACACUCAGUGGCAUCUACCGCUACAUCAUGGGCCGCUUCGCCUUCUACCGCCACAACAGGCCCGGCUGGCAGAACAGCAUCCGCCACAACCUGUCACUCAAUGAGUGCUUCGUCAAGGUGCCCCGCGAUGACCGCAAGCCGGGCAAGGGCAGCUACUGGACGCUGGACCCUGACUGCCACGACAUGUUUGAGCACGGCAGCUUCCUGCGCCGACGCCGACGCUUCACCCGGAGAGCAGGUGCCGAGGGAACCAAGGGCCCUGCCAAGGCACGUCGUGGACCCCUCAGAGUGAGCAGCCCGGAUCCAGGAGUCCCCGACGCCAUGACUGGCAGGCCGUGCCCCUCCCCACCGGAGCUGCCCGAGCCCAAGGGCUUAAGCUUUGGGGGUCUGGUGGGGGCCUUGCCGGCUAGCAUGUGCCCAGCAACCCCGGAUGCCAGGCCCCGGCCGCCCACGGAGCCCAAAGAGAUGCCCACACCUAAGCCUGCAGGCCCAGGGGAGCUCCCUGUGGCCCCCUCGUCUUCCCCGUGCCCAGCAUUUGGCUUUCCUGCGGGCUUCUCUGAGGCCGAAGGUUUUAGCAAGGCCCCCACGCCCAUCUUGACCCCAGAGGCAGGCAUCGGGAGCAGCUACCCAUGCCGGCUGCAGGCACUGAAUUUCUGCAUGGGGACUGAUCCAGGCCUUGAGCACCUCUUGGCCUCAGCAGCCCCCUCUCCGGCACCACCCACCCCUCCAGCCUCACUCCGGGCGCCGCUUCCCCUGCCAGCUGACCCCAAGGAACCCUGGGUUGCAGGAAGUUUCCCUGUCCAGGGAGGCUCCAGCUACCCAUUGGGGCUGACCCCCUGCCUAUACCGGACACCAGGAAUGUUCUUCUUUGAGUGAAGCCAGCCUGGCCUCAGGCAGUCCCUGCAGGUCCCCUGCCAACCACACCCUCCAGGCUGAGCCUGACUCAAGGAUCUGGGGAGGUUUCAAGAGACCCAGGCCUGACAAGCCAACGACCGGGACAGGAAGCCAAGAUUGGAGUAGUGAACACUCAGCCAGCAUCGGCGCCUCUGGACAGACUUGAGGGAGAGGGGAGGCAGGGCCCCCCUUGGGAUUUACUCUGUGGCUCUCAGGGCCAAUAAAACCAGUGU